UAGAGUCCAGCGUAGCUUACAGACUUACAGGUAUAAUUGUGUCGAGUGUUACGUGUAUAGGCCUACUAUUUAGAGAUUACUGAAAUAUGUCUUUGACGACCGAUAAAGGGAUGACAGAAUCUAUGAUACGGAGACGACUGGAGAAACUAGUACGCACUUGUGACUCUUUGACCAUGAAGAUAUUUAUAACGAUAGAAUGUUUCGGGGAAGACAUGGUGAACGCUCACUAUAGUGCUGACAGAAAGGCAUUGUGGGAAGAGUUUCUGGACAGGAAGGAAGCCUGUCGUCUGGACAUCAAUGGACACGACAAACUCAAGGAGAAAUAUGACAACUUCUUCAAACUGCCAAUUGACGAUGCUGGCAAAGCGAUUCACGAAGCCAUAUGUACAUUGCUGCAUUCCAAAGGAGCAGCGGAUUGCUUUAGGCAGAUUUCGCCAAAUAACGCUGCGGAGCAUACAAAAGGCCCAUCGAGAACGUUCAGUAAGCAUCUUGCAAGAAUGUUCGAGAAGAAACUAGACACUUGGUUUUCUUCCUUCGACGCCGUGGCCGUUAAGCUGAGUGGCCAUGUGAAGGUGUCAGGUUUUGUCCGUGUCCUCUCCGGACAGCUGGACAUGUUGGCCACCAGGAACGGUUUCACCUACAUCGUGGACAUCAAGUCGACGUCCUUGGACAGCCCAAAGCCAAUGGACGUGGUACACCUAUGUUUGCUCAAGAUGCUGGCAAUCCAAAACGGCCUUGAAGACCCGAAUAACGUAAGACUAGCUCUCUUAAUCCUUCAUCUUCACCCUGCCAGACCAGUACUCAGACUCUGGGAGUACGACCCUACGGUCAGCAUGGAGAGAGCCUUACGGGAAGGUGACAUUGACAAGCUAAUUGAAGCUGGCAGAAAAUCGGAACACCAUGAACUGUGGAAAUGCAACGCCGUUAUAGUGGCACCGAAACAUAUGGUGAACAAUCUUAUCAAAACUGGGUGAAUAUUUUUUUGUGUGAAGAAAGAGAGAAAUCCCAGAAAGACCUUGAGGAACUGUAACGAAACCCGACGAUCAUGCUCACCGU